ACAAACAAUGUAUCAUCCGAUGUAUAUGUCGUCCUGAGUCGAGCAGCUCAAGACAGGCAACCACACACAACUCAUCUCUCUCUCUCUCUCACCACACGCGUAGCUACCUCCUGCUCUGCCCCUCAUCUCCCCCCGCCACAGCAGCAGCAGUAGCAGGUCCUGCCGGGAAGACGUGGCGGGGUGGUCGCCGGAGCGUGGGGAGGUGUUGACGCGAUGGAGCACUCGACCUCGGCAUGGAUGAUCUACAUGCCUAAUUAGUUGAGCAUCGAUUCUUCUUCAUCACAUCUUUCGGAUCUUGGACACCUUGACCGGUCCGGCAACCACCUCCGACUCCGGCCCUCUUGUCUAUAUUGAUCAUAAUUUGGAUGCAGAUCUACAUCUCACGGUCCCCUCUCUGCUGCUAGGGAACUAAGUUGGUAUAUAACUGACCUGGGUGCCCAAAUAAUGAUACCCCAAGGUAGUAUAACACAAAUUGAGCUGGAAUACAUGCUAAUCGAUGAAAAUUUAGAGCCCAAGGCCCUGCCCUACCCACUUUUGAAGAAAAUAACAGAUAAUUUUUCUGAGAAGCUGGUGAUUGGAAGAGGUGGCUUUGCAGUGGUUUACAAAGGAAAGCUUGAUAAUGGAACUAUCGCUGUAAAGAAGUUGUCAAAUAUAUACAUGCAAGAGGAACAAUUCCACCGAGAGGUGGAAUGUCUAAUGAAGGUGAAGCACAAAAAUGUUCUACGGUUUCUAGGAUAUUGUGCUGACACCCAAGGGAAUAUGGCAAGCUACAAUGGGAGAAUGGUUAUGGCAGACGUACAACAGAGAUUGCUCUGCUUUGAGUAUCUACCUAAGGGAAAUCUUGAUGAUUUUAUUAAAGAUACAUCUGAAGAACUUGAAUGGAGAAAGCGCUACCAAGUAAUAAAAGGGAUAUGCGAAGGGAUAAAUUAUCUUCACCAAAAAAAUAUCGUGCACUUAGAUCUGAAACCCGAGAAUAUAUUAUUCGAUAAAGAUAUGAUGCCGAAAAUUACUGAUUUCGGAAUAUCAAGGUGUUUUGAGGAAGAUCAAACACGCAUCAUUACCAAGAAUGUGGGUGGAACGUUAGGAUAUUUGGCACCUGAAUUCUAUGUGGGUGAAAUCACACACAAGUUUGACUUGUAUAGUCUUGGUAUUAUUAUUAUGGAGAUGUUGACUGGAAAGAAGGGGUGUCACAACAUUGCAAAUGUAUGUGAAAGUUGGAGUAGUAACUCUGAUAUAUUGUGGUGGGACCAAAUACGAGUAUGUGCUGAGAUUGGGAUCGAGUGCAGUGACUUAGAACCAGCCAAGAGACCAGAAAAUAUUAAACAUAUAAUUGAUAGACUUUUAUCAACAGAAAGUAGUACACAUGUAAUCCCAGCAGGUGGGCCCAAGAAGCUUCUUGUCCUUCACCCGCCAGUGCUUCGCUUCCCCUUUGAGGCCAACAAGGUUAUCACGUGCCCGCUUCAGCUAACAAAUAACACCGAUAAACCCAUUGCAUUUAGGCUAAUGGACAAGAGUGUGGGGUCCUCCUUCCUAAGGCUGCCAUUGUGUGGUGUUGUGCUGCCUAACACACCUUACACUCUGGUCGUGACAACAAAAACGCAAGAAAAGUGGCCGCGAAAGUGGAUCACAGAUGUGAACCUCCAGGGUGCUUCAUUAAUAUUGGGGGAUGAUGAGCAUAUAAAGACAUUCCAAAGUCAUCCAGAACAGUAUUUUCAACAGAUGGGGAAUGCCGUGCAGAAGGUGGAACUAAAAGGACUUUAUACUGUGCCACAACAAGUCACUAUAUCAACACAUGAGCCAAUCUCCACCACAAUAAAGCUACUAUGCAAGGUAGAACACCCUGGCGAGUAUUCCUUGGACACGAACCAUGCAAAGCAAUG